AUGGAAUUACUGACUCACAGAGAGGAUGUGGAUGGAAUAAUGUAUGAAUGGAGCUACCAUAUGAAGGUUGGUGGCAUAAGGACAUCUGGACCUGCGAGUGAUGGUUUAGCACAUUCUGGAUCAAAAAGAUUCUGUCACUCCUGUAUUGUUACAAGUUUAAGGAAUAAUACAUGGACAUGUCCUUAUUGCCGGGCUUAUCUUCCUUCGGAAGGAAUUCCAGCUACUGAUAUUGCCAAGAAGAUGAAAAGUCUAUACUAAAACUGCACAGAGUGUGACACACAGGUAUGUCUGAGUAAAAUGAGAGUUCAUUUAAGGACUUGUCAGCAAUAUAUAGAAAAAUAUGGACCUCUACAAGAGCUUGGAGACACAGUAACAAGAUAUGCCUGUCCAUUUUGCCAGUGUGAGUUGCAUGAAGAUGAUCUAAUGGACCAUUGUCUCACUUAUCAUAGAACAGAAAGGAGAGCAGUGUACUGUCCAAUUUGUCAUUUAAUACCUGGUGGCGAUCCAAGCUGUUUUAGCAGGAAUUUUAUAAGGCAUCUUCAACUCAGACACACAUUCUACCAUUUACUACAUAGAUAUAAACAUAGUAGAAGAAGUCCUUACUGAAAACGUUCUACACCAGUCAUUUUUAGAAUAUGUGCAAGUGAAUCAUCCAAACAGCACAUAAUUCUACUGAAAAGAGUGAGAUAGAUGUUCAACAGAUUACAUUGUUCAUUCAAAUUCAGUUUUUACAGUUACCGGGACAUUGUCAGAUUUUAGACCUAAACAGGUUGACUUAAAAAAUAGUUUUGUUUUUAAAUUAAAUUCCAACUCCAUCACAGAAACUGUAAAAGAUCACACUGACAUAUUGCUGGUUUUGAACACCUAAAAUGCAAUAGUCACUGUCUGCCUGUACUACCUUAUUCCUCACUGACAAACACCUUUACCUUUAUACAAAGGAAAAGCAAUGACUGGAGCAGAGAGCAGCUUGUGAUUGCCCAUUCCAUGAGCAAGACAGAGUCUCCAUGAUACUCCUGAUGAUGUUGCAAUGCUUGGGACAGACAGCAAACAAGGCACAGCCUUUUCUGGGUUCUGUAGCCUAUCA